AUGCCUCCGAAGCGAAAGGCGCAGGCGCAGGCACCCAGCAGCGAUGAGUACGAGUCCGAUGAACCGCCACUGAGCGAUCAGGAAGACUUCGAGCGUCUCAAGACAAAAUACGAUGUGGUGGCGAGAGUGCAGAAGGAGCGGGCAACGCACGUAGUCGAUGCGGCCUCACAUCUCUUUAAGAAGUGCGACCAGUGGGACGCUGACCUGAAGCCCGAUCAUGCCAGUCGGCCUAUCUGGGUCGAUGACGCUGGCCAUAUCAUAAUGGAGUCGUUCAGUCCUGCGUUCCAGGAUGCCCAAGCCUUCCUAAUCAUCAUCGCUGAACCACAGUCGCGAGUCUCCCGAAUCCAUGAAUACUCGUUGACCGCUCAUAGCUUGUUUGCCGCCAUGUCUGUGGGCCUUACGACAGAGGAUAUCAUUAAACAGUUGGAUUACUACUCAAAGACAUCCUUGCCCGAUGGCGUGCGGACAUUCAUACAAGAGUCUACGUCCUCUUUUGGAAAGGCACGGAUCGUGCUGAAGAACACGAAAUACUUCAUAGAGAGCACGGAUCCCGCCAUUCUACAGGAACUUCUGCAAGAUCCCGUCAUUGCCGAAUGUAGGACAAGCGGCGCAGAAGGCUUCGUGCAGGAGGCUGCACCAAAAAUGGGAAACUUGGCUAUCCCAGGAACAAAACUGGCUGCAGGUGCCAAUCAGGUCGCACAGCCAGGUGUUCAGCGACAAGCCGAGGAUAUGCUUGCAACCCUGAGGGAGGACGAUGACGAGGAAGAUAUUGAUCGGGUGCACUCCUUCCAGAUCAAGGGCGAGGACAGGGAACGAGUGGUGAAAAAAUGCCGUGAAAUAGGAACGCCUCUUACUGAGGAAUAUGACUUCAGCCAGGAUAAUAUGAACCCUUCUUUGGAAAUCAAUUUGAAACCCGGAACCCAGAUCCGAGACUAUCAAGAGCGGGCGCUGAACAAAAUGUUUGGAAAUGGACGAGCCCGAUCUGGAAUCAUCGUUCUUCCAUGCGGUGCUGGUAAGACGUUGGUGGGUAUUACCGCGGCUUGUACGGUUCAGAAAUCCAUUAUGGUUCUUUGCACGAGUGCCAUGUCUGUAGUGCAAUGGAGGGCGGAAUUUAUCAAGUGGUCCAACAUAAACCCGGACGACAUUGCUGUCUUCACCUCAGAGAGCAAGAACAAAUUUCCCAGAAAUGCCGGUGUGAUUAUUAGCACAUAUACCAUGAUUAGUUCUUCCCGAAACAGAUCCUACGAUGCCGAAAAAGUCAUGGAAUUUAUUCGAUCACGAGAAUGGGGCUUGCUCAUUGCCGACGAAGUGCACGUCGUGCCAGCGAACAUCUUCAAGAAGGUCACGUACUCGAUCGCAUCUCACUCGAAGCUAGGUUUGACGGCCACGCUCCUCCGUGAGGACGACAAAAUCGACGAUCUCAAUUUCCUUAUCGGACCCAAGCUGUACGAGGCCAACUGGCAGGAGCUCGCUGAGCAGGGACACAUUGCCAAAGUCCAGUGUGCCGAAGUCUGGUGUCAGAUGACCCCUGAGUUCUACACGGAAUACCUGAAAGCAUCAUCCGUGCAGAAGAAAGGGCUUCUUUCGAUCAUGAAUCCAAAGAAAUUCCAGAACUGCCAAUACUUAAUCGACUAUCAUGAGAAGCGGGGCGACAAGAUCAUCGUCUUCUCGGACAAUGUCUAUGCCCUCCAGAAAUACGCCCAGAAGCUUCACAAGGCUUACAUCUUUGGCGAUACACCACAAGCGGAGCGACUUACAAUUCUGGAGAACUUCCAGCACAACCCUGAGGUGAACACGAUCUUCCUGUCCAAGAUCGGAGACACGAGUUUGGAUCUGCCCGAAGCGACCUGUCUCAUCCAGAUUUCGUCCCACUAUGGUUCUCGUCGUCAAGAAGCACAACGGCUGGGACGUAUUCUAAGAGCCAAGCGCCGUAACGACGAAGGUUUCAACGCCUUUUUCUAUUCCCUCGUGUCUAAAGACACGGUUGAGAUGUACUACUCUUCAAAACGUCAAGCUUUCUUGGUCGAUCAAGGGUACGCCUUCAAAGUCAUCACGCGCCUCGAAGGCCUCCAGGAGCGCUCCGAUCUUUCGUUCUACACGCCCCAGGACCGACGUGAGCUUCUCGUAGACGUUUUGAUGGCUAAGGAUGUCGAUGGCGAAGCCGAGCAUAUUGACGGGGACAUGUUCGGGAAGUACAAGGCUGGUGGACACAAGAAGAAGCCUGGCGCUCGGCGAAUGGCGGGCACAUUGAGCGAACUUAGUGGUGGCCAAGACAUGGCUUACAUUGAGUAUAACAAGAGCAGAAACAAGGAUUUCAACAAAAAGGGUAUCAAGAACGAUUUCAUUCGAAAGCUGAAUCGGGGUGCUGUCAACGCCAAGAAGCAGGCCCGAAAUGCCCUUUGA